AUGAAACCAAUUGUUGCGCCGGGUAAGGCUUAUUUCUGUACGGGAUUGUCCGCUUUUGGGAUUGUUAUUUUGAGUUUCAUCGGAUGGUUGUUCAAGAUCAACCAUGAGUCUAUGAUGGGGUCUGUCAGCGACCCUGAAAAUGGGGCCGAGGUUGCUGCUACUGUCUGGGGUGCUGCCUUCAUCUACUUGUUAUUCUUUGUUUUCUGCGGUUUGCAAAUCUUCUUCAUCAAGAGACAGUCCCGUAUCCAGCUCUAA